AUGGAUUAUGGAAAAGGGAAUCGGAAGGAAGAGGAGAUGAAACGAUGGGAAGAUUCAGAUUCGUCGUGUUCGUCAGAUUCGUCGGAAGGGCACAUCAUUCUGGGCAAAAACAUUCCUCGUCCGACGACUACUUGCAUGUCGGCGGCUCAGGGGGGGAAGAAGAAGAAGAAGAAGGAGCCAGCCGCCGCCACGAUCUGCUCUGCGCCGUGUUUAUCAUCCUCUUCCCAGAUUAACCAGUUGAUCGGUAUGCCCGGUUAUGACCCUAACCGGAUCCCUGCCUCGGUCUUCUCCGGUAGACCCAGCAAUCCGAUGGAUUGGAGCUUGGCUUCUAAUGAUUCUUUGUUCAGCAUUCAUAUGGGCAAUUUUAGUUUCUCCGGGGACCAGGCUUUGGCCGCACUGGCAAGGUCCGGCGAAAAACAGAAAUCCAGUUCCAACCCGGUUCCUCCUUCGGUUAGAGAUCCAGACACCUUUGAGGAGAUGAAACCUGAAUUAACUGACAAGAACAUGAAACAAGGGGAGGUAUCGGAUGAUGAAGGCGGGGGUGAUGAGGAAAUAAGGGAAGAAGAAGGAGACGAGGUUAUUGAGCCCGGUAGCGAUGACGGGUCAGAGAUUUCGGCCGAAACCAACAGGCAAGAAGACGAAGAAGGUGAUGAUGAUGAACAGCAGAUGCAAGAACAAGGAGGAGAGAAUGAGAUCGUGGAGGAAGAAGAUGAUGACGAGGUGAAUGAGAAAAAGCCGACGAAUCCAAGUGACGUGACCCACUCUACGAGCAUCUCUUGUCGUUCGGACACGAGCAACAACAGCAACUGUUCUUUUGCAUUUCCAGUGUACGUGGUUUGA